UAUGCCAAGAGGAUGAUCGACGUCCAGAAUAGGGGCUAUUUCGAGCAGCACGGCUGCCGCUUCACCGCCGUCAUCCCCACCAACAUCUUCGGGCCGCACGACAACUUCAACAUCGAGGAUGGCCACGUGCUGCCGGGGCUCAUCCACAAGGUGUACCUGGCCAAACAGACCGGCUCUGCUCUGACCGUCUGGGGCACCGGCAAGCCCCGGAGGCAGUUCAUCUACUCUCUGGAUCUGGCCCGGCUCUUCCUUUGGGUCCUGCGGGAAUACGAGGAGGUGGAGCCCAUCAUCUUGUCAGUGAGCGAAGAAGAUGAAGUCUCCAUCAAGGAGGCGGCGGAUGCGAUCGUGGAGGCCAUGGACUUCAGGGGAGAGCUCAUCUUUGACACCACCAAGGCGGACGGGCAGUUCAAGAAGACAGCCAGCAACGCCAAGCUCCGGCGCUACCUCCCCGGCUUCCAGUUCACCCCCUUCAGACAAGCCGUGCAGGAGACCUGCGCCUGGUUCCGCGCCAACUACGCCAGCGCUAGGAAGUGAGGGAGCGGCGCCCGCACGCGCAUCCUCUUCGACUCAGGGUUGUCCUCUGCUGGGGCAGAGGACGGGGCUGGGGGGGUGACGGUGACAUUUCCAAAGCUGGAGGGGGACCAGGGUCCUGGUUACGCUUGAGGGUGAGCGGGGACAGGGAGGGGGAAGAAUGAAAAAGAAAAAAAUCAAGUAGCAUCUUAUGUAGAAAAGCCUAAGGAAAAGGCCCCGUGCUCAGGUAGGGGGAAGGACUGGGGACCCCAGAAGUGCUGGUGGGCCCCAAAUGGGGCAGUAGCAGCCACCAUUGGCCAUGUUCCUCCCCCGGGGGCAGAGGCUGGCAGCUCCUGCUGGGCUGUAACAGGCUACGCUGCUAAUUACGUGUAAUUAGGCUGUAAUAAAGAGAAGCUGAUCAGGGCUGUUCCUGCA